AUGUCAUCGGAUGAAAUAAAAUUCAAUUCAACGUUAGAAGCGCACGAAUCCCUGCCUUAUGCAAUGUGGUUGCCUUUGGAUGAAAAAGAGCACUACUUGGCAGCUCUCUGCAUUCAAACCCUCUGUGCUUUGUUAGCUAUAAACUAUUACUGCUUCGUACAGUGCAUUUUGGUAAUUUUGCCUCUUAGUGUUACCUUAAGGCUGAAAGUACUAGGGAAUCAUUUGGAGAAUAUCAAAUAUUCCAGGAAUAACAGUCUUCAGACCAGUGAAGCAGAUGAUUUGGAUUGUAUAAAAGACAUGGUCGUACUUUGCAUUAAAGAACACACGAAUAUUAUAGAGAUCUGCUCCAUUCUGAACAAUACUGUGAAAUAUUUAAUGUUACUGGAAUUCCUAAUGUCUUCAGCACAGAUUUCUCUAGCUCUGGUCCUGUUGACUACUAGUGUUGCCAUAUCUAAUGUGCUCUAUGGAAUGCAAUGGUAUGAGUAUAACAAAAGUAUAAAUACUAGUAUCCACAUUAUGAUGAUUCGCUCCCAGAAGCCGCUAUCAAUUACGGUCGGACCAUUUGGAGAAAUAUCUUUGGAAAUGGCUGUCAAGGUUAGAGUUUGA